AUGAAUAAAUCUAUUUUAUUAGAGAUGUAGCUUAAAGAAGCUCUAGAUAGGGAAAUUAAUCUUAAGAGACUUAAUGAAUCCUUAAUGUAUGCCAUGAAUGAUAUAGCAAAUCAAGAUAAGGGCAAAGAAAUACAUUUAUUAAAUUAACUGCAUGAAAAAGAAUUAUCUAAUCUCAAAACUACACUUUAAGAAAAAAUUACAAUCCUUGAAUAUGAAGUAAGAUUCAACUACUAUUUUUCAGCAUCGUAAGAAAUGUCAAGAGUUUCUUUAAUUGUAAAAUGAUUAUAAGCAAUUAUAAUUAGAUUAUUAAGAGGAUGUAGAAAAGUAAAUAUUAAGUUCAUUUAGAAAAUGUAUAUAUUGUAUUGAAUUCCAAUUUUAAUUGUGUCAAAUCAAAAAGUAACAUGAAAUCGAAAAAGAAGGACUUGCUCAUGAAUUUGCUGAUGCCCUUAGUAAUUAGAAAUCUAUUUUUGAAUAUGUAUAAUUAUUUCAUCUUAUUCAAUAGGACUUCAAUUGUUUGAAAUUUAAACUCAAAGAACUUACCUAUUAAUUGGAUUGUGAAUCUAAGGAUAAAGGCAUUUUAUAAAAAGCUAUUUAAGAAUCUAAUAAUGCUCAUGAUUCAGCAGUAAAUUUUAGAUAUAAAUUAGUAAAGAAGCUUAAUGCAAUAAAUUGCUGAUUUAAAUAAAGCUCAUAAUGACACAAUGAUUUAGAAUAAUCAAUAUUAGAUAAUGACCCAAUAAAGAGAAUAAUUGUAAAUAGCUAAGCUUUCUCAAAUUGAGCAAGAUAAAAUAAUUUUGGAAAAACAACUAUUAGAAUAAAAGUAAUUAGUUUAAUCUAUAACUAAUGUAGAGAGAUUAAUUAUAAAUUGGAUUCUUAACUUAAAAUAUUGAAUCAGUAAUUGAAUGAUAAAGAAACCAAAUUAGUUUAAUAAAAGACUGAAUUAACAAAAAAGUUUCAUAAUGAAAAAAAAAUAGCAGAACAAUGUUAAGUUGUUGCUCUCAAAUUGAAGAAUGAUUUUUAAAGAAAAUAGUCUCUCCUAAUUGAAGAAUCUCUCAAAAAAGAAUAAUAAUUAAAAACUAUAUAAACUCAACUUACAAGAUAAAAAAGCUAAAACUAAUUUUAUGAAAAUGCUCUUAGUUAAAUUAAUCUUUAAGAAAUUUAAAAUAUGACUCCUCAAUAAAUUAAGCAUAAAAAAAAUAAUUUUUCUAAUGAUUUUAAUUCAUCUCGAUAAAAAGGUCAUUUUAAAGUAAAUUAUUUAAUUAUUUAAGAAUACUUUAAGUUAAGGUCAUAUUGGUAAAAUUAAAGUAUAACCAUCUUCAAUACAUAAAAGUGAAACAGAUUCUAUAAAUUUUAAUUUAACUGAUAUGCUUAAUUCAACAAGAAACCCUGAUUAAUAAAAUUUAUCAUGCAGAUAAAUUAGUGAUGAUGUUACCUAUAAUAUAGAAUAAUUCAAUUGUCCAGCUAAAAUUGUAAUAUUAUUUAUUUAAUGGAUUAGAUCUAAACAAAUGAAGAUUCAACUACUCCAACUUAAAUAUUAACUGAUAGAUAGUUAUCUCCUAGAACUAGAAGUAUUAUUCUCUAAUUUAUAUUUUAAUAGUUUAGACUGUUAAUCCAAAAGGGCGUUCAUAAAGAGUGAGAUAAAUAUAAGCAGAUUUAACUAAAGAAAAUACUACUGUGAAAUCCAAAGUUUGA